AUGCGUGCCAUCUUUGGACUCCUUAUGUCUGCUGUUCUAACAGCUGCAGAGAAAUUCACGAAUCCAGUUGUUUGGGAAGAUCUUCCCGACAAUGAAGUCACACGUGCUGGUGAUGCAUUCUACAUGACCGCUUCAUCAUUCCACUACUCUCCCCGUGCCCCUAUCCUCCGAUCAUACGACCUGGUCAACUGGGAGCAUAUUGGUCAUUCCGUUCCUGUUCUAGACUGGUCGCCCAAGUACAGUCUUGAAAAUGGACAGCGCGCUUACGUCAAAGGCAUCUGGGCUUCCUCCCUUCGCUAUCGCGAGAGUGAUAAGAAGUUUUACUAUGUCGCCUGCAUUGAGUUUGGCAAGACCUACGUCUACAGUGCCCCAAGCGCAACAGGUCCUUGGGCCCAAAUCGGAAAGAUUGACAAGUGCUACUACGAUGCUGGACUGCUUUUCGACAAGAACGAUAUUCCUUAUGUGGCAUAUGGGCGUGAUGGCAUUCAUGUUGCGCAGCUGUCCUCGGAUCUCAAGUCGGAAGUGAGGGACCAGACUGUGUUUACACCACCAAACCUGACCCUUGAGGGAUCCCGCAUGUAUUUCAGAAACGGAAACUACUACAUCUUCUUGACAAGGCCUGCCACUGGACAAUAUAUUGCCAAGUCAAGCAACGGGCCUUGGGGCCCAUACGACCUCCGCAUCAUCGCUGACAACAUUCGUCUGGCCGCGGCUCCUCGAUCGGGUGCACCCCAUCAAGGAAGUCUUGUUGACACGCCCAAGGGAGACUGGUAUUAUAUGGCAUUCGCCGACAUGUAUCCCGGAGGUAGAGCACCAGUCCUGGCGCCCAUCACCUGGGGGAGCGAUGGAUUCCCUGUGAUCCAGCUAGUGAACGGCGCCUGGGGUGACUAUGAAUACCCAAUCGCUCGCCACCCGGUCCAGAGUGUCAUGGGCACUUACGACUUCGCUGGCACAAAGCUCAGAGAGGACUGGGAAUGGAAUCACAAUCCCCUCACAAGUGGCUUUACGGUUAACAACGGCUUGACCUUACGCACCGUUACCGUAACCAAUGAUCUGUAUCAAGCCCGAAACACCGUCACACAUCGCAUCCGAGGUCCAAAGGGAACUGGUACUGCUGUUCUGGACUUCACAAACAUGAAAGACGGAGACCGAACUGGACUCGGAGUGCUGCGCGAUUCCUCUGCUUGGAGCGGAGUUGAACGCGAAGGAAACAACUUCAACAUUGUUCAUGUCACUGGUGUCUCAAUGAACGCCGACUGGACCACCAAAUCAACUGGUAAUGUUGCAGCGAGGGUGAACAAUGUUUUUUUCCGUAAGGUAUAUCUUCGUGUCGUUGCGAACAUUGCCCCUGGUGGUCCUGGCUCUGCCAACUUCAGCUACAGCUCUGAUGGCCAGAACUUCAUGAGUCUCGGAGGCAGCGUCUCGCUCGGAAAUGACUGGCAGUUCUUCCCUGGAUAUCGCUAUGGAAUUCACAACUUCGCAACCAAGAGCCCUGGCGGAUCCGUUCGCGUUACGAGCUUCAACAACCAAUAA